ACAUCACAUCGACUUGUGAAGAUGGAAGUAGGGAGCCGCGUGCUUGUCGUUGGCGGAAAGAAUGGGACGGUCCGUUUCCUGGGAACAACAGACUUUGCGCAAGGAGAAUGGGUCGGCGUGGAGCUGGAUGUCCCUGAGGGGAAGAACGACGGCGAGAUCAACGGCGUGCGGUACUUUACGUGCGAGCCGCUGUACGGGUUGUUUGCCAAGAAAUCGCAAGUUCGUUUAGCCCGGGUGAGUCUAGGGUAUGGAGCUGCGAACCCCGUGGCCGCCCCCUCGUCGUCGACGAGUCGGUUGCAGCAGAUGCGCGAAAAACGCACAUCGUCCACGUCCAACUUGCUCCCUCCGUCCUCCGCAGUUCCCGUGGGGGGUAAGAAAACCAUUCCAAAAGUCGCCUUAAGUCCCAAACUUGUCUCAACUUCGACGCCACACAAGGCGGCGGCCUCUCGAUCAACUUCGGUGUCAUCACCAAAACCAUCUUCGGCAUCGACUUCCCCCGCCGUCGCCACGGGUACCAAUGAAAUGGACGCGAUCUCGAUGGAACUGCAAGACGCGACUGCCAAACUCGAAGCGUUGCAAGCUGAACUCGUGGCCAAGAACAUUCGCAUCACCGAGUUGGAAGCCAAAGUCACGGACGUCACGUCUGCACUCGCCGCCGCCGCGCCGAGUCCGGCGCCACCAUCGAUCAACGACGACAACUCUACCGUUCCUCCAUCCGUGCCCGUCCAUGAAGCCGACCUCCCAUCAUCCCCACGGAUCAACUACGAGGAAAAGCUCCGUUCUCUGCGGGACGAAGGCAUUGCGUUGGCCGCCAAGAUGCGACGAGACAUGGACAUUUCGAUGACCAAGAUGGAAAAAGAGUGGGAAGACAAGGAAGCGCAUUACGUUGCUGCCGUGGAAUCCGCCGAGGCGCGGUUGGCGGCGCUCGACACGGAAGUGCUGGGUCUUCGCACAAGAAACGCCGCGCUCGUUGCUGCAGAACUUGCUCGGGCAGACGACGUGGUCCAGUGGACAAAGAAGCUCGGGAGUGCCCGUCGCAAGGUGGAAACCCAGGCAGCGACGAUCGCGGAUCUGCAGGACAUGGUCGAGUUGCUCACGUUGGACAAGGAAACGCUGGCCAUGGACAAGGAAAUUGCGGACGAACGCAUCGACGAACUCGAGGCGCAGAUAGCAACGGCCGCGCUGAUGGUCCACCAAGGCUCGAGUGCAUUAUACCAUCCGUCAACCGACAACAGUAGUAGCUCUGCCGCGACGGCCAUCCACGAUGAAAACGCCAAGUUGCGCCAAGCGUUGCUCGGGAUGCACGAACGCCACGCGCUGGAAACAGCAACUCUGACCAAACAAGUCAAAGAAGCUGCGAAAGUUGCGCUCGAACUUGAGCAACACCGCGAUGAAAUCGAGCGCGUCACCGCCAAACUAAACCAAUCUAAUGCCGCCAUGGAAGAGCUCAAGGAGAUGCUGGACGCCGCCGGCGCGUACGAGUCGAUGGUGGAAACCCUCACGGAGACCAACUUGAUGCUGGGGGACAAAGUGGCGGAUCUGACCAUGUCGGUGGCAUCCCUCGAGUCUCUCAAGGACAUGAGCGACGAGAUGGAGCAUCAGCAUGACAUGUACGCCAAGGCGCUGCAAGACGAGCUCGGCGCCGCCAACCAAAAGAUAGCCGAGCUCAUGGCGGCGGCGGCUGCCGCCGCCACCGCCAUCCAAGACAAGGAUCGGACGAUCUCUAGGUUCCGCGACGUGGUCGGCCGCCAUCGCGACGAAGUGGCGGCACUUCGUGAGAAACUUCGCGUCGAAGCAGGCGAACUCGAAAGCAUGAAGGACACGACGCAGAGUGUCAUGUGUCAGUCGCUGCAGUUGCGCCAGGCGUUGCUGGCGGCACAAGCGAGUAACUUGGCCGCGCGGCGCCAGAAACUGUCGACGACGGAAAUGGCCGUCGAGUACAAGUGGUGGCAGUCCAUCGUACCAGCUACGGCCGUGCUGCAAGAGUCGGACCACCGUCAGUUACUCGUGCGCAAGAUGGCGUUGCGCGUCACCGCCAAGAGUCGCUGGUUGCUCCAAGUGUUGGUCCCGGCCGUUCUAGAGCCCCCAACAAGACCGACAUCGUCAUUCUCGCCUACCACCAGUAUAACCGACGACGACAACGAACCAAGUUCGACAUCAACGCCAGUGGACGACCUCCAUCAUCAAGCGGCGGUGGCGCUGGCUCUUUGGCAGUUCCGCCAAGGCGUAUGCCACGUCAUGACUCAGCUGCAUGGCACAACCGUGGACACCAAGUGGCAAGAGUUGCUUGCGUUGCUCGACAACUCAUGGACACAAGUAGACUCGUUGCUGGAUGCGGCUCUGGACGAAUGGAGUGCCGGCGGCGGCGCGGGCACCGACUUGCAGCCAGGCGUCGGCGCGCGGCUAGUCCAUGCUGUGAAGGAUUGGUUGCGUCUGAUUGGUCCGAAACUCGAGCCAUUACCUACCCCGACAAUCGGCAGUGUCAAGUUGGUCGUGCUAUCACAGGCGUUUCAGCUCGCAUUGCAGAGCAAGUCACUAGGGGAUGCCGAAUUGGCGUUGGCCACGUGGCAAUUGUAUGCUCGCGUCGCGGCCGAGUUGGUCGACGACGAAUCAACGACAGACAGCAACGACGACGUACCCGCUGCUGGUACCCACGCACAGAUUCUAGACCAGCUCAACGUUCUCGUGGCGUACUCCAAGUCGGUGACGUCCAUCGCUCCGUUCACUGAACGGGUUAAAGCGUGGACAAAACUCGUGGCCAAGGGAGCCCUCGUGGAUGCCGUGACUCCAGAAUCAGCUGAAGACAAGCAAGUGGUGGUGCCACUGCACGAACUGCGCGCCGAGCUGAUCCGGACAGACCUCGCGCACGCGGCGUCGUUGCUGACGGCGGUCGAAGAAACCACGGAACUGUGUCACACACUCCAAGCGCGGCUCAAAGAAGCGGAAAAGUCGGACGGCCACGCCCGCAUGCUGAUUGCCAAACACGAGACGGAGAUUGCUCGUUUAGAGGCGGACCGUGUCGCACAGGUGGGCAUGGUCGGGAAGCUAUCGGAGCAGCUUGAGACGGAACGGCGGCAAUGCGAUGCCCUGCUCACGGAGCAGCACAAGGACCGGGCGGCGCUCGAAGCCACCAACCGCACGCUGCGAAAGUCCCUGCGUCGGGCCAGUGAGUUGCAUGUGAAAGCAGCCGACGGGGCCAGCAACGGAGGCCAACAGUCGUUUAUGAGUGCCGGUGGAGCAGCCAAGGCGUUGCUGGUACUGCAAGAGCAACUGCUCGCGGUUCGGACAGAGUUGGCACUGGCCCGCCUGCCGCUGUCUCCAAGUCCGAAACCACCUCGUUCUACAAGUAGUAGUGGCUUAGCUAGUGUCUCGCGUGACGUGGCCGCGCUGACGUCCAAGAUCCUGACCCGUAGCGCCAUGCCAGAGUUGGUUGAUCUGACCAAAACCCACGUUCAAAACGAUGUGCAUGUGUUCCAGUUGCUGCAGGAAUGCGAUGUCGUCAAGGCUACAGUGUCGCAGGCAUUGGACGGCGCCCGGGCAGCGGCGGUGGCGGCGGGCGAAGUGUGGUUCACAGGGCGAAGCUGCGCCCCGCUAGAGCUUGGAAGGACCUGUCCGCCCAAGAAACCCGUGGGCCGCCUCAUCUUUCCUGGUCCAUCAAGCAACGACGACGACGGAACGAAGAAGAAGAAGCGGGUGCUGUCGGUGGUGCUGAAUUCCACAGACAUGCACGUGCUCUCGAAAGCUAUCAGUUUGGCAUAACUGACUGAUUCAUGUGUUUUUGGUUGUUAAGCUAUGAAU